GAGUAGAAAAUGAAUCCCCACCAGCCCGCCGACCUUGCCAUCCAAUGGUAGAGUCUCCAUGACUUUCAGCUCUAUGAGACUAUGACUAUUAUCAUUAACCUCUAUAUUUAGAACCACGCCCUUGCAAAUUUAGGGGACCAAAACCGGCCAUUUCCUCAGCGCCAGAUAUCGUUUUCUAUCACCCACCUUUCUUCCAAUAUUUUGCCAAUGGAUUCAUUCACCGACAAUGAGAUAAUCCGUGAUUGUCCGCCUUUCUUCAAAGUAUACAAAGAUGGGCGUGUAGAGAGGUACACAGUCACGACGCCUGCUCCCGAAGGCAUAGACCCAAAGACCGGAGUCCAAUCUAAAGAUGUGGUGGUUUCACCAGGCGUCAAGGCCAGGAUUUUCAUGCCACAAACCAGAAGCCCGGGUAAGAAGCUUCCCCUCCUUGUCCACUACCAUGGCGGUGGAUUUUCCAUAGGAUCGGCCCUCGACACUGUCACCCAAAAGUUGCUCACGCCACUAGUAGUACAAGCCAAUAUCAUCGCCAUUUCGAUUGAUUACAGGUUAGCCCCCGAGUACCUUCUACCAAUUGCGUACGAUGAUUCAUGGGCUGGGCUACAAUGGGUUGCUUCUCAUGCAAAUGGACAAGGGCCCGAACCGUGGCUUAAUGAGAAUGCAGAUCUGGGGCGGGUUUUCUUGAUGGGUGAAAGUGCCGGAGCCACCAUUGCUCACUAUGUUGCAGUCCAAGCUGGUGCUACCAAACUGGUUGGCUUAAAAAUCAUAGGGACCCUUAUUGUACAUCCAUUUUUCGGCAGUAAAGAGCCUGAUGACAUAUACAAGUACGUUUGCCCAACAAGUCCCGGCUUCGACCAAGACCCGAAACUGAACCCGGCUGUGGAUCCGAACCUGAAGCAAAUGGCAUCUGAUAGGGUAAUCGUCAUGGUAGCAGAGAAAGAUGGAUUGAGAAGUAGAGGAGAGCUUUACUAUGAAACUUUGGUCAAGAGUGGGUGGGGAGGAAGUGUUGAAUUUGAUGAGUCAAAAGGAGAGGAUCAUUGCUUCCAUGUUUUACAUGACAAUGGCAAGGCUGAGGUCUUGAAGAAAAAGAUAGUUGAUUUUAUAAAGAAAGAUUAAGAUUCUUUUCAGGUGAUCGAUCCAUUAUAAUUUUACUUAAUUUAUAGCUCCAUGCUUACUUUACUAUCAA